GGUCGUGGCGGCUGGAUGUGGGAAGGCAACCCUGCCCACCCGGGCUAUCAACUGUAGGCCCGGCUGGAUCGCUCCAACAUCCACAGGAGCCCCCGAGCCCAGGCCCAGCCGAGGCUCCAUGGGCCCCGAGUCCAUCCAGACCCGGUGAGUGGUGCUUUCCCUGAGGGGUUGAUCAGCGUCUCUGGACUCAGGGCGGUCCCUAAUCCAGAGAAUCUCACUGGGGCCAGACUGGGCCAAGACCCGUGGGCCCUGGGGUCUGCACUAACUGGGCGAGUGCCACUGAGAUCAUGUCUGGCUCCAGAGAACGCACAAAUUCAUACAGGAUCUGGGGUCUCCACUGACCCGGUGAGGAUUUCCCUUCCAAGAGAGCCUGUCUGCUGAGUCUGGUGCUAGGGAAACAGGGAAAGGGGUUGACCAGAAACAGCCUCUUCAGAAAAGGCUUUUCUUGGGUUUUGGGCUUGGGGCUUUCUGGAUCCUGAGAGGCUUGCUUAAUUUUGGAAGCUGAGGUGAGGCAAUGUGGAGAUAGUUCAGAGGAGCCACUGGACCUCAGGCCUGCACUGACCCAAUCUCCACAGGUCAAUAAGUCACUUCUUGGAACCCUGAGUCGAACGUGUCGUACAGCCAGAGGAAGUAUUCAUAGUCCUAAGCUGAAACAGUACCUCUUCCCCACUGCAGCCUCCCUGCCCCAUGCUUGGCCUCCUUUUAAUGGGAGGUGGGAGUGGGUGGGAGAGUUCAGUCCCUUUCUAUCCCCACUCCCCACUCUCUGGGGCCUGACACCUUCUCCUCCAGCAGCUGCAGAGCCAGGGCAUCGAGGGCUGGAGUGGAACGGACACUGUCCAUGGAGCUGGUGGAUAAGGUGGACAGGGGGUGGCGGUGAUGGCGCAGUUUGACACUGAAUACCAACGCCUAGAGGCCUCCUAUAGCGAUUCACCCCCAGGAGAGGAGGACCUGUUGGUGCAUGUCCCUGAGGGGAGCAAGUCACCUUGGCACCACAUUGAAAAUCUUGACCUCUUCUUCUCUCGAGUUUAUAAUCUACACCAGAAGAAUGGCUUUACUUGUAUGCUCAUCGGGGAGAUCUUUGAGCUCAUGCAGUUCCUCUUUGUGGUUGCCUUCACCACCUUCCUGGUCAGCUGUGUGGACUACGACAUCCUAUUUGCCAACAAGAUGGUGAACCACAGUCUUCACCCUACCGAGCCUGUCAAGGUCACUCUGCCAGACGCCUUUCUGCCUGCCCAAGUCUGUAGUGCCAGGAUUCAGGAAAAUGGCUCCCUUAUCACCAUCCUGGUGAUCGCUGGUGUCUUCUGGAUCCACCGGCUUAUCAAGUUCAUCUAUAACAUUUGCUGCUACUGGGAGAUUCACUCCUUCUACCUGCAUGCUCUGCGCAUCCCUAUGUCUGCCCUCCCGUACUGCACGUGGCAGGAAGUGCAGGCCCGGAUUGUGCAGACCCAGAAAGAGCACCAGAUCUGCAUCCAUAAGCGUGAACUGACGGAGCUGGACAUCUACCACCGCAUCCUCCGCUUCCAGAACUACAUGGUGGCACUGGUUAAUAAAUCCCUCCUUCCUCUGCGCUUCCGCCUGCCUGGCCUUGGGGAGGCCGUCUUCUUCACCCGUGGUCUCAAGUACAACUUCGAGCUGAUCCUCUUCUGGGGACCUGGCUCUCUGUUUCUCAAUGAAUGGAGCCUCAAGGCUGAGUACAAACGUGGGGGGCAACGGCUAGAGCUGGCCCAGCGCCUCAGCAACCGCAUCUUGUGGAUUGGCAUCGCCAACUUCCUGCUGUGCCCCCUCAUUCUCAUCUGGCAAAUCCUCUAUGCCUUCUUCAGCUACGCUGAGGUGCUGAAGCGGGAGCCUGGGGCCCUGGGAGCCCGCUGCUGGUCACUCUAUGGCCGCUGCUACCUCCGCCACUUCAACGAGCUGGAGCAUGAGCUGCAGUCCCGCCUCAACCGCGGCUACAAACCCGCCUCCAAGUACAUGAAUUGCUUCUUGUCACCUCUGCUGACAUUGCUGGCCAAGAAUGGUGCCUUCUUCGCUGGCUCCAUCUUGGCCGUUCUCAUUGCCCUCACCAUCUACGAUGAAGAUGUGUUGGCUGUGGAGCACGUCCUCACCACCGUCACACUCCUGGGGGUCACCGUGACCGUGUGCAGGUCCUUCAUCCCGGACCAGCACUUGGUAUUCUGCCCUGAGCAGCUGCUCCGCGUGAUCCUCGCUCACAUCCACUACAUGCCUGACCACUGGCAGGGUAAUGCCCACCGCUCGCAGACCCGGGACGAGUUUGCCCAGCUCUUCCAGUACAAGGCAGUGUUCAUCUUGGAGGAGUUGCUGAGCCCCAUUGUUACACCCCUCAUCCUCAUCUUCUGCCUCCGCCCACGGGCCCUGGAGAUUAUAGACUUCUUCCGCAAUUUCACUGUGGAGGUUGUUGGCGUUGGAGAUACCUGCUCCUUUGCUCAGAUGGAUGUUCGCCAGCACGGGCAUCCCCAGUGGCUGUCUGGUGGGCAGACAGAGGCCUCAGUGUACCAGCAAGCUGAGGAUGGGAAGACAGAGCUGUCGCUCAUGCACUUUGCCAUCACUAACCCUGGCUGGCAACCACCGCGUGAGAGCACGGCCUUCCUGGGCUUCCUCAAGGAACAGGUUCAGCGGGAUGGAGCAGCUGCUAGCCUUGCCCAAGGGGGUCUGCUCCCUGAAAAUGCCCUCUUUACAUCCAUCCAGUCCUUACAAUCUGAGUCUGAGCCAUUGAGCCUCAUUGCAAAUGUGGUAGCCGGCUCAUCCUGCCGGGGCCUGCCACUGCCCAGAGACCUGCAGGCCUCCCGGCACAGGGCUGAAGUUGCCUCUGCCCUGCGUUCCUUCUCCCCUCUGCAGCCUGGUCAGGCUCCCACGGGCCGGGCUCCCAGCACCAUGACAGGCUCUGGGGUGGAUGCCAGGACAGCCAGCUCCGGGAGCAGUGUGUGGGAAGGACAGCUGCAGAGCCUGGUGCUGUCAGAAUAUGCGUCCACCGAGAUGAGCCUGCACGCCCUCUAUAUGCACCAGCUCCACAAGCAGCAGGCUCAGGCGGAACCUGAGCGGCAUGUGUGGCACCGCCGAGAGAGUGACGAGAGUGGGGAGAGUGCCCCUGAAGAUGGGGGAGAGGGCGCCCGGGCUCCCCAACCUAUCCCCAGGUCUGCCAGCUAUCCCUGUGCUACACCUCGGCCUGGAGCACCUGAGACCACCGCCCUGCAGGGGGGCUUCCAGAGGCGCUACGGGGGCAUCACAGAUCCUGGCACAGUGCCCCGGGCUUCCUCUCACUUCUCCCGGCUGCCCCUUGGAGGAUGGGCUGAAGAUGGUCAGUCAGCAUCAAGGCAUCCAGAGCCCGUGCCUGAGGAGGGCUCGGAGGAUGAGCUUCCCCCUCAGGUGCAUAAGGUGUAGACAAGCCUGAGGAGGGUCCCUACGCCCCAGGAUGGAGGCCACCAGUGGCCUGCUGUCCCAUCUGCCCGCCAUGGGAGGGCUCCUCUGAGUGUUGCCUGGCUCCACGUGUGUGGUGUUUGUGUGUCCGUGCCUGGCCAAGGGAGGUGCCAACACUGGGCUUGCCACAGCCCCAGGAGAGGAAUUUGGGGCCCAGGAACUAGGGGCACACAGGACUCUAGCCUCAUUCCCGUGCCCCUCCUUGGCUCAGAGUGUGGUGCUAGAAACUGGUCCCCAGCCCAGCCCCAGUACUGCCACUUUUGCACCCACCCCUGCAAGUUCUCCAUAAGGUUGCCCACCACAGAAGCUGCCAAGCAGGGAGAACCUGUGCCAACUGGAGUGGGGUGGUUGGGCCUGGGCCCUCAAACCCAGUGCCGCCCAAGCCCUGCGUAGAUGAACAGCUCAGGCUGUGGCCCUUACCUCACCUCAGUACUCUCCCAGUGCUGCAGCCUGCUCACCUCUCCCGCUUCCGCACAUCACUGGCACGUGUGUGCCACUUGCUCCCCUUCUGUUCGCUUGCCCCUUCUGUUCGGCUUUUGCUUUGUGUUGGGGUGGAUGUCCUAGCUCCCAGCUCCCCUCACCCUACCUUUUGACACUAAGAGGGAAGGUUUCUAAAUCACAGGAGCAGGAUCGAAAUUCUUUGCUGCCCCCUCCAACUUUUAGGAUGGGCCCCUAGGAGGCUGAGGCCUUGUUAGGCCCCCAUUGCUGCUUAUUGUACCCCCACCCCAACCCCCGCCGCCUGCACUUAGGACGAUCAGGGCUGGAGUGCCCCUGGCUGCCCUUACCUCCCAGCAAAGAGAGCUGUGGCCUGCAUCCCGCUGCCCCCUAGAGGUGGGUAAGGGGCGACAGGAGGCCUCGGCCUAGGCUUUGGGCUGCCGCAUUGCAUGCUGGGACUCAGUCCCUGCCCUCUGCCCCACCCCUCCCUCAGCUCUGGUCUGCUGAGCUGCCCGAACUCACAGUGGAACGGGGCGGGGACCGUGUACAGCUUGAUAAACCUUAAUAAAGAAGGGACUUUGACCAG